AUGGAAGAACCACCGCGUCGACCUUCUACACUUGAACGCAACCGGUCGACCCAGGAUGGGGCAAAAGUACAAGAUGAUGGUCGAAUUGAGAUCGACCUGGACUCCAAAGUGGGCAGAGAAGUGUCAAAGUUGAUACCAUUUCUGCACACGGAAGAGCAUAUUCAACCACAACCAGAACCUUCAGGUGAUACCGGAUGUAGUCUUGAGCUUAAUAUCGUGAUCCAAGUCGUUGGCAGUCGAGGUGACGUCCAGCCUUUUGUCGCACUAGGCAACGAGCUUCAGCGCCAUGGACACCGCGUACGACUAGCCACACAUGGUGUUUUUGAGAGCUUCGUGCGGGAAUCCGGUCUGGAAUUUUAUUCUAUUGGAGGAGAUCCCUCGGAGCUAAUGGCAUAUAUGGUGAAGAAUCCAGGACUGAUACCACAGAUGAAGUCCAUACAAGAUGGUGAUAUUCAACGCAAGCGUGUCAUGGUAGGCCAGAUUCUCAAGGGAUGCUGGCAGUCCUGUAUUGAGGAUGACUCCGUGACCAAAACACCAUUUGUGGCCGAUGCUAUUAUCGCGAACCCUCCAAGCUUUGCCCAUAUUCACUGCGCUCAGGCGCUUGGUAUCCCUCUACAUAUGAUGUUCACCAUGCCGUGGACUAGCACAAGAUCAUUCCCUCAUCCCUUGGCAAACUUGAAAUAUUCAACCACAGAGCCGAAAAUGGCUAAUUAUCUUUCGUACGGGAUCGUCGAAUGGCUCACAUGGCAAGGCCUGGGGGAUGUCAUCAACGAUUGGAGAAAGUCCAUCGACCUAGAACCUAUAUCAACCACCGAAGGACCACGUUUAGCAGAGACUUUGAAGAUUCCCUUCACUUAUUGCUGGUCCCCUACAUUGAUGCCUAAACCAACGGAUUGGCCGGGACAUCUGAAUGUCUGUGGCUUCUUCUUCCGCUCCCCUCCAGACUUUACACCACCAGCAGACCUUGAUGCAUUUCUCCAAAGCGGGCCUCCGCCAGUUUAUAUUGGUUUUGGGAGCAUCGUCAUUGAGGAUCCCCCAGCCAUGACUGCCACACUCGUCAAUGCGGUGAGAUCCUGGGGCGGCCGUGCGAUCAUAUCCCGUGGCUGGAGUAAUCUUGGCGACGCACAAUCGGACGAUCAGAUCUUUUACCUUGGAGACUGUCCGCAUGAAUGGCUGUUCCAGAAGGUCGCUGCAGUUGUACAUCAUGGAGGAGCAGGGACUACAGCAUGCGGUUUACGAUUUGGAAGGCCCUCUCUCAUUGUACCAUUCUUUGGAGAUCAGCUAUUUUGGGGGAAUAUGGUUGCGUCACGCGGGAUUGGACCAAUGCCCAUUCCACACCGGUCAUUGACUGCAGAUAAUUUAGCGGAAGCCAUUCGUUUUUGCUUGCAUCCUGAUACCCUAGCAGCAGCUGGCAAUCUUGCUCGUGAAAUGAGCGAAGAAGAUGGAGUUUCAGCGGCCGUUGCAUCUUUCCAUCGCAACUUACCGCUCGAUAAAAUGAAAUGCCAGUUCAUCAAUUCUGAGCCAGCUGUAUGGCAGUUAAAACAAAACGGAAAGUCCCCUAUCAAUUUGUCGAAGAUGGCAGCAGGGAUCUUGCUUGAGAAUUCUCGCAUUGAUAAACAGGGCCUCAAAACAUACGAGAGUAAAUCAAUCUUCAUUCAGACCCGGCGAUGGGAUCCUAUCACGGGCGGCACAUCGUCUUUACUAGGCAUGUACAAGGAUAUCCUCACAGCAUCAAGCGACGUCGUCAUUCGGCCCUACAAGGAGUUCAGUCGCGCCCGUCAACAAAGCGAGCCAGAGCUCGUAGUCAUUGAGUCGGCAAACCCCGAAUCCGACCAAAGUCCAUCCGCAGGCAUCUCACGCACUUCCGGAAGCAACCGGACAGAUGAAGACUGGAGAGUUACAGGAAAGGCAGUGGGAGGAUCCGCCAAAAGUGUGGGCAGGAUCAUAGCCUAUUACUACAAGGGCGUUCUGGUAGACAUACCGGGUGCAGUGAAUGAAGGCCUCAGAGCUGUUCCCAGGCUCUAUGGCGAGGAGGUGAAAGACUAUGAUAACAUCCGGGACUUCAAAUCUGGAGUUGCUGCGGCUUCAGAUAACUUUACGCAUGGGUUCUCACAUGGGCUUACUGAUAUAUUUCGACAACCCUACGAGGGUGGCCAGAAAGAUGGUAUUAGGGGUGCAAUUAAAGGAUUUGUUAAAGGCCCUAUUGGCAUGGGGACGAAGGCUGCAUCAGGUGCUUUGGGUUUAGUAGCAUAUCCAGGACAAGGCUUGGCGAAAAGCUUGCAUUCAGCUAUCCAUUCCAAGACUCGGAAGCAGCUUCUCAAAGCACGAUUAAUCGAGUCUGAAUAUAUGGCUCGACAAUCAGCCAAGGCCCAAUCGAGCUGCCCCGAUGUGAUUGAGGCAUUUGAAGCUCAACAAAAGUGGCCUGGGGAUAGCGCCAGCUCAACAAAUCCGGAACGCGCUAGUUUUCAGUGA